AUGGAUAAUUUCACUAUGAGUGGGUUUCUUCUGAUGGGAUUUUCUGCCAAACCUGAGGUAGAAAUCUUACUUGCUUCUCUUUUCUUAGUCUUUUACACAGUGGCAGUAACUGGCAAUAUCCUCAUUAUCACCGCAACUUCCAUGGACAGUAGCCUCCACUCACCCAUGUAUUUCUUCCUGAAACAUCUCUCCUUCCUAGAUCUGUGCUACAUUUCUGUGACUGUACCAAGGUCCAUUUACAAUUCUUUCAUGCACAGCGGCUACAUUUCCUUCUGGGAAUGCAUAGUGCAGUGUUUUGCUUUCAUUCUCUGUGGUUUUGCUGAGAUAUCCAUGCUCACAGUGAUGUCUUAUGAUCGCUAUGUGGCCAUCUGCCUUCCACUGCGCUACGAAAUCAUUAUGGAUACCAGCACUUGUGUCCUCGGAGUUCUAGGCGUCUGGAUCAGUGCGGUCAUUACUGGAACCAUGCACACAACUGCCACUUUCUCUACUCACUUCUGUGGUUCCCAGAUUCACCAGUUCUUCUGUGACGUCCCUCAGGUCCUGAAACUCUCGUGUUCUAAUGAGUAUAUCAGUGAUAUUGGAGUCACUGGCUUUGUGGGUCUUAUGGCCUUUCUUUGUGUCACCUGUAUUGGACUGUCCUACAUCCAGAUAUUCUCCACUGUGCUGAGGAUGCCAUCUGCUGAGGGCAGAGCUAAAGCUUUUUCCACUUGCCUUCCUCACCUUGCUGUGGUCAUAUUAUUCAUUUCAACAGCCUCUUUUGAGUUUCUCAAGCCACCUUCUGACUCUCCAAGUGCACUGGAUGUUUUGCUGACUAUUAUGUACACAGUUGUGCCCCCAACACUCAAUCCAAUGAUCUAUAGCCUAAGAAAUAAAGCUAUAAAGGUUGCUCUAAGAAAGGUAUUCCAAAGAAGAAAAACUGACCUCUUUUGUUGA